CCUCCGGUAUCCCAGCAGGCAGUGCAGCCUAGAGACGCUGACAAAGGAGCUGAGGAGCAGUCGCAGCUGCUUUCCAAGGAGCCGGUGUUGCCGAGAUUGCCAAAAUGUUUGGAGUUUUUAACUGAAACUAAGAAAAGUCCAAAAUAGAUUGGAGACUGUAAAAACAGAAGCUGCAGCAAGGGGGAUUCAGUGCCAAUGCAUCAACAAAAAAGACAACCAGAGUUAGUGGAAGGAAAUCUUCCUGUUUUCGUGUUUCCCACAGAGCUAAUAUUUUAUGCAGAUGAUCAGUCAACACAUAAGCAAGUGUUGACUCUGUAUAAUCCCUACGAGUUUGCCUUAAAGUUCAAAGUUUUGUGUACUACUCCAAAUAAGUAUGUUGUCGUUGAUGCUGCAGGUGCAGUAAAGCCUCAGUGUUGUGUGGAUAUUGUGAUUCAUCAUAGAGAUGUUCGAUCCUGUCACUAUGGUGUAGUAGACAAAUUCCGCCUCCAAGUUUCUGAGCAAAGCCAGAGGAAAGCUUUGGGAAGGAAAGAGGUGGUUGCUACUCUCCUCCCAUCUGCAAAAGAACAACAAAAGGAAGAAGAGGAAAAAAGAAUAAAGGAACAUUUAAGUGAAAGUUUAUUUUUUGAGCAGCCGUUUCAACCAGAGAACAGAGCUGUCUCCUCAGGACCGAGUUUACUAACCGUCUUCCUGGGAGUGGUGUGCGUUGCAGCCCUGAUGCUGCCUACACUGGGGGAUGUGGAAUCACUGGUGCCUCUCUACCUCCAAUUAAGUGUGAAUCAAAAAUUGGUGGCUGCUUAUAUCUUAGGUCUUAUUACAAUGGCUAUACUUAGAACAUGAGCAAGUAUUUCAGCCGGCUUCUGAAGAAAAUUUAUCUUGAAAAUAUGAAUGUGGACUGCCUUUAAUCUCUUUCACUCCAUUAACAUGCUACAAACUAUUAAAAGAUUUCA